AUGAGUCGUCGACAAGAGAGUUUUGAGCGUACUGCUGACCGAAGUAGGAUUGGUCGUCGCUAUCUUUCGUUUUUGCUCAAUCACUGCAACCGCGUUCCAAGGCCCCGCACGUCAGAACCAUCAUCCAAUCCUGCGGGUGGACCAUUUGAUGGGUUUUGGAGGCCAGAGAGACUUAGCUACUUCUGGUAUCUUCCGCUGCCGGACCAAGAGACCAUCAUUCGUCAUGGCUGGAGUACUAAAGAUUGUUCUCCGAACAUAUAUGUUGAUAAUGACUCUCUAACUAUGCAUCGGUUACCAGUCGCUCAGUCGACUGAUGCUGUUCGUGGGAAGGUUGGAUUCUCCAAAGGAUUUCAUGUUUGGGAGAUUAUCUGGCCGUCAAAACGCCGUGGAACUAAUGCAGUAAUCGGAGUAGGUACUAAAGAUGCUCCGUUACACAGAUGUGGUUACGUGUCGCUCGUUGGUUCUGACAACGAAUCGUACGGCUGGGAUUUAAUUCAAAAGAAAUGUUUUCACGGGAAGGAGAACCGCUGUGGUUGGCAUUAUCCUCCAGGAUCAGCCAGGGGAAGAGGUGAAGCGAUGCCUGACCGUAUACUGUGCAUUUUAGAUAUGGAUAACGGCUAUUUGGCUUUCGCCAGCAGUACUAAAAAUUACUAUGGAGUAGCAUUCACGGGCCUCAAAGGGAAAACUCUCUACCCCAUGGUUUCUGCUGUUUGGGGGCAUUGUGAGAUAAAAAUGAUCUAUCUGGGCAGUCUACCUCGUAGGAAUUUUGUAUUCACCGAUUAG